AUGGACCAUACGCGGACGCAAACUAAUACGCCGCCGGCAGAGACCGUGGCGCUGCACCAGGACCCCAGGAGGGGAUCCAGAGGCCCACCAGAACCGAAGUCCAGCGGGAAGGUUACGGGCAGCCAGACAGCGACCAGCUCUGCUAGCCAGGCUGCCUCAGCAUCUGCAACUGCUGCCGCUGUUGUAGGCCCCCAGGAAAGUUCCAAACGGCUGGGGUGCGAUUAUGUUGGGGACGUGAGAGGUUCGUCGGACCACGGCUCCAUAACGCCUUCUCAGCAACCGGAACUUGACGACACCAGCUCGCAGCGGUCCGGAGAUGAGUCCGGCUCGUCCUCCUCACAGAUACAGCACACAACACACACAGAUGCCGACCAAAUCGCCCAUCAUCAGCACCCCCAUCCACAAUCAUUUGUAUCGUCGCAUGUGUUUCUCCAGUCUGGUAAUAGCGUCGUUUUCAAGCCAUUCGAUCACAAAACAGGUCGCUUUUUGGCCUCUGCUGGUAAGGGAAAUCCUCCUACAACCUCGUUGGAACCACAGUCGCAUGCAAGGGCCGAUGAGGAUAAUUCCACAACCUGCCAUGAGGUCGACUUGAGAUCCUUGGCGACAUUCAAAGCCACAGCUGUUAAGAACAACAAGUUCAGGUCACAUUCAGUACCUUCGAUCUUACACUCAUCUCUUCGAAGUAUAGGACUAGCGACUAAUUGUGGGUUUUUCAACGCUCAACAGCAGCAACAACAACAACAACAACAACGACAACAACAGCAACAGCAACAGCAACAGCAACAACAACAACAACAACAACAAUCACAGCAGCAACAACAACCACAACUACAUCAACAACAAUUUCAACAACAACAAUCAGCCAUACAUAUGAACCGUGGCAUAAAAAAGAAAAAACAAAGUAAGCACUCCGCAUCCUUGCGUCAUGCACUUUUAAUGAAUCAAAGAAUACAGUCUUCAAAUAACAACGUUAGUAUUGGAGAUAGAAUCAAGUAUAUGGAGUCAUACCCAGGCCCUACUCCAUUACCACCGAUCAAUCUGCAAUGCUUGAAAGAAAUAGAUCUCCAGGAAAUCGUGAAGAACCCUCAAUUGAGACACGACAUAAUAUUCGAUCCAUUAUUGCAAUUCAGACCCAAUUUGGACGGUGAGAGAGGUCUCAAGAAGAAGCAGGUAUCAGAUAAGUAUUGGUACGAUGUCGAAAAUGAACUCUUUGUUUAUAAGUCAAAACCAGAAGCAUUUCGGUUCGAUCAGACAAGGCUCGUUCCUCUUUUCAACAGUUUGAAAGAAGUUUUGGUGACAAUUGUACCUCAGAAAGAAGUCCAUACAGUCCAAAACAUUUUGGAUACCGAACUAUUAGUACAAGAACUUUUAAAAGGGUCGCUCAUGAUGUCAAGUUUCUCGGACUGGCUGGCUCAACUGUUUAAACAUCAUUGUGCACCAAUGAGAGAUCCAUGGGUGGACAAAAUGAGUUUAAAGUUCAAGGAGUCGGAAGACGAGAAAUCUAUAUCUAAGCUUGUUGAGGGUCUUCGACUAGUUUUUCAAAUUUUGGAAGCGAUGAAACUUGAUAUCGCUAAUCACCAGAUAAGAAUUCUAAGGCCUGCAUUAUUGAGCAAUGCUGUUGAAUUUGAAAAACAGUAUUUUCAAUCCUUGAUGACUUCCAAUAGAGUGGAUUUGAAGUCGUCUUUCAAGUGGUUCAGUAAUAAAUGCAUUGAUUAUCAAAACUCAAUGGCAACACCAAGCGAUCGUCUUAAGGCUUCAGAGGUGUAUCGAUUGUGCAUCAGAAGUAUAAUCAGUCUUUUAUCGUGCCGGAAAAUGGUCCGCGAGUAUCCCACCUCGUUGUCUUUUGAUCACGCCAGACUAAUUUUACUAAGGGCAGACAUCAGGCAAAUUGUAUGCCUUCUGGUUUGCCGGCUACUUUUCAAGCAGUUGGUUGCUAAUGAUACCUCGAUGGACAAGUCGACGAAGGAUCACAUAACUAAUUCCUAUACCAACAAAAAAUUGAAAGAUGAAAUUGUUAGCAUUAUAACGGAUGAGCACGGUAACUGCAGGUGGACCAAGAACACAAUGUCAAUUGCCAUUCAUUUCUGCAAAACGAUUACGGAGCUAAAGCAAGACUUUUUGUUGCAGAGAAAUUUGGGUGACGUUACCUUAGCUCAAUCUACUACGAACGCACAUCCUAUCACUCAAACUCCUCUUUUAAACAAUGCGCAAAUUGAUUUUGCCAAAUCGUGGUUGUCUAAGCAAACACAGCCUUUGAGUGAGGUUUAUGGCGUUCUAGAGGCCCGUGUGCUAAAACAGUUGGAGAACAGCAUAUUCACACGCUCCUGUUGUACUCAGGAUGGUACUAUCAAACAAGAUUUUGUUCACCUCUGUAGCACCAUGACUUCAAAUGGAACUGCCGCCUCAAACGCGUCAUCACUGGCGAACAACAGUGUUCAACUCAAAUCUCUAAGUUCCUCUGCACAAUUUAAAGACGCUUAUGCCGCUGAGCAGCAGGCGAGCUCAGCACAGCGGUCGUCCGGUGUAGCAUCUGUGGAUAUGGAAGAGUUUGAAAGCCUGUUUUGCCAUUUAUAUACUUUAGUGAAUUUCCACUGGUCGGUUUUUGGGUGUCUCUACAUGGAUUAUUUGGGGGACAAAAUGGAAGAAAUUCCAUGA